CGAAUAUCGAUCAAGUGUCUAAUAUUAUGUGCCCGAUAUUAGGUGAUUUGUGGUUCUUAUGGAUAACAUGUUCACAUUAAAGUUCACGGAUUUAAUGGAGAUGUUUUAGUUCAAUAGGUUCGAUAAAAUUAAGAAAAUUGAAAUGGAUGAAGGCAAACAGAAAGAGAAUGAUUUUAAAGAACAAUUGGAAAAAAGAAAUGCACUAUUGAUUCGUACACUGGAGAAGUUAGCAACCGCUGAAGAUGAAAUUCAAAGCUUAGAACAUGAAAGGCAGGCGCUACAAGAAGAAACUAAGAUUCUUCGAAAUAGCAGAAGUGGCCUUUCAAAGGAAUGUACUAAUCAGGAGAAAACAAUAUCGACAAUGAAGAAGGAGGGGCAGCGCUUAAGACACAGAAUUGAGGAACUUGAAAACAUGGUUGAAGACUUAAAAAAGGAUGUACUAGAUCUAAAAGGACAUAUGUCGACAAUAAAAGCGAUUGAAUGUGGAAGUGAUGAAGCAGGAAGAAUGAGUUUGACAGAUACAUUAGACACAAGACAUUUUGAAAAGGAGAACGCAGAUUUAGUGGAGAAAACGAAAACUCUGACAAAAGAAAAUGAAAGCUUCAAAACAGAGUGUAAGCAACUACGGGAGGAGGGUGAACAAUUAAAAAGCAUCCUUAAGAUUUUCCAAGAAACUCGGAUUGAAAGCGAUAAAGCUUUACUCAGUCGCUUUUCAAAGCAAAAGGAAUGCAAAAGUCCCGAUAAAACAAUGUUGAUAAUUGAAAUGGAUAAACAGCAAUUAAGAGACAAAAUUGUACAGCUGGAAAUUGAAGUUAAAUCACUAAGAGAGAUAGUGAUAAACCUUGAAGAAAAGAUGUCAACGAUAAACGCUGUUGAAUGUGAACUUGAUGAAACAGGCAGAAUGAGUUUAACAGUUGUUACAAUGCACACCAGGCAACUUGAACAGGAGAACGCAGAUUUAAUGGAAAGAACGAAAACUCUGACAAAGGAAAAUCAAAGCUUUAAAAAAGAGACUAAGCACCUAGAGGAAGAACGUAAACAUUUUGAAAGCAUCAUUAAGAUUUUUCAACACACUGGAAUGGAAAGCGAUAAAGCUUUACUCAGUCGCAUUUUAAAGGGAUGUAAAACUCACGAGAAAUCAUUAUCGAUAUUGGAGAAGGAGAGGCAACAGUUAAGAGACACAAUUGUAGAGCUUGGGAAUGAGGUUGAAGUUCUGAACGAAGAAAUCAUAGACCUUAAAGAUUAUGAGUCGACGAUAGAGGCAGCCAAAUGUGCCAAUAACACAGCAGAAAAAAAAAGAUUGACAUAUGAAACAAGGCACAACAGGCGACUUAAAAAAAAGAACGCAGUUUUGAAAAAGACAAUGAAAACUCUGACAAAUGAAAAUGAAAACUACAGAAUAGAGACUACGAAACUACAGAGGGAACGUGAAUAUGUUAAAAGAAUCAUAAAGAUUUUCCAAGAAACUCGAAUUGAAAGUGAUACAGCCUUACUCAGGAAAUACUUUACGCCAAGGGACAAUUACAUUUUGAUUACCUGUAUUCACAUAGAUGAACGAAUAACAAUAGCACACGCUUUAAAACAUGAACCUAAUAAGGCCUUCAUAAUCAAUUGCUCACCUUUUGAUUGCAAUUUUCCGCCAACAAUUUUAUUCGACCACAAUAUGAAGGUGUGUCAGAUUGGACGUGCAGCGGAAAAGCAAUACAGUGCACUUAGGGAGGAGGAGCUAGAGCAAUUCCACUUGUUUCGAUUGACUUGUAGCGAGAAAUCAGCUUUCUUGGGUCAUGAGCAUUGGGACGUUGCAAAGAAAACACGUCUUGACGUUGUUCGUCUGUAUCAGGAGCUUAUUCACUACUUAGGCAGCAUUGUUAAGGAGUAUUUCAGCUUAAUCCCUCCCAAAGCAAUAACUUGGUCAUUGAUUGUUCCAAGACAAUGGGGUAUCGCGGGGCACGAGUUCAUGACUGAAGCUGCUAUAAAGGCAGGCAUUGAACAAGACACAAUUGUCACUGUUUUCGCUCCUUUGGCAUACAUUGCAUAUGCAGAAAUCAUGGACAAGGGUACUCGUGAAGAACAUCUAUUGAAACCAGGAAUGAAUAUCCUCUUGAUCGAAGCCCGCGAAACUGUGCAUAUUACGGUGUAUCAGAGGAAAAGAGGAGGUGGACUGCGUGAAGUUCUACCGCCACAUAUCCUACAUUGCGGGCAAAGUUUGUUUGCAAAAAUACUAGUAGAGAUUGUGGGACCACAGGUGUGGGCUGAAUUCUGUGACAAAGCGCCAGAAGACCUUUUGGAUCUUCAACGCACUAUUUCAUCCAGGAUGCGCCAACAUGGAGAGGUCCCUUUAAUCAGAUUUUCAGUACCAGUGUCUCUUAAAGAAAUAUUUCUAAAAUACACAGGUACUAGCAUUGGAGAAUACGUCAAAACAUCAAUAUAUUCGGAAUCAGUUGAAUUUCCUGGUAUUCACGACAAAAUCACAGUUAAACCAAGCCUUUUUGUUGACCGAUGCGCAGAUGUUCUUAUGGGUUUUCAAAAGACAUUAGUUACAACUUCGUUUGUUUCUGGUGAUAUGGUUCUACUGUUAGUUGGAGGUUUUGCACAGUAUAAACCAUUUCAAGAGGCGGUCAAACUAGCUUUCCCUCAUCACCGCGUCAUAAUUCCGGAUCAUGAGGAACACGUUGUGGAAAAAGGUGGCGCCUUAAUUGGUCAGAACGUGCACAACUGUUCUGAUUAUAAAUGAACCUUAAAGGUUUUAUAGUGAUUUAUGCAUGGAAAUAUGAAAUAAUAUCAGAAAAGAAAAAAAAAACAUUUACCACCAUUGUACAUGCAUAUGGAAUUAAAAGGCGUUAGGUAUUAUAAUAACAAUUCAAUAUAUAUUGAUAUGGGACCGCUCCGGCUGGUGUAUUUUAAAAUACAACUUUUCUAUUGCGUUUAUCUAUUUUCACAAAAUUUACAUCAGAAGUAAAUGCUUUUAUUUGUGAGUACAGACUUAAUAAAAACAAAGUCAAUUAGAUUUUCGAAUACAAUCAUGUGCAUCAGGAUUUUUAUUGAAAAGUUUUGCUAAAAAUGUACGUAACUCAUGCUUUGAAAAAAGCUAAUUGCAAGAGAACAUCAUAUACUACAUUCUAAUUUUAAUCUUUUUUCAGAUAUAUAAAGUUAAGUAAAGUAAUGAUAUAUAUAAAAUAAUUUCGAUACAUAUAUCAUACGGUAUUGAUUUAAUUAUAGUUCAUGCAAAACACGAAUAUAAAAAUUAAUCGUAUCGUUACACGUUGCUCAGUUUAUUUUAAAUAUACCCGUCGUUUGCAAUAUUAAAUUUAGUUUGGUAUCUAAAAAAAUGCAUCAUCUUCUACAUUGGGGUCCUCAUAGAGUAUGCCGCGUUAUUGCGUGCAUGAAGCGUGUGCAUCUUAAAACGAUGUAUACAGUGUUGUUGUAUUUUUGUUGUUCUAUUUUUGUUGUUGUUGUUUUUUGUGUUAUUGUAUUUUUGGAAGGGGGCUAGGUUUCCACGUUUCAAUGUCGACAGUGAGCAUUUACAAAUGAUUUUAACAGCAGGAUAUUGAAUCUGAAAUUGCCCUAUAUGAUCUAUGUAUAAUGAUACUGCUUCUUGCAUACAAUCUGGUUAUUCUGGGUAAUUUAGUUAAAGAUUGAAAAGAAGUGAAAUCAUUCUAUACGACUAAACUAAACUAGGGGUAAAUAUAUCCAAAAAGGUCGUUGUUUUUUUGUAAAUGAGGUCCUAUGCGGCAAAGCAAAACUUAGUAAAAUCAGAAAGAACCACUGGAAAAAGUUGAUAGUUUCAAUUAUCAGGGCAUCAUAUCUUACUAAACGGGAUCAUUUUGUUUAGAUUAUCAAUUUGUUGUGGCUAAGGGUCUAAAUAUAUGUAUGUUGUAAGAAAGAAUAUCAAUAAAAAUGAUGUGACUCCUUAAA